CAGAGAGCAUAUUAAAUACAAGGAUGGUGAAGAAGAAGAUGAUAGACAGUGGGUUUUCAAUCUCAGAAAUUUGCAAGGGGGAGCAAAACCAUGUCUUCCUGCAUUUACAAUUGCUUACUUAGGGUUUUUUAAGAAAAAAUCCAGAUGUGUAUGCCAUGAACGACCAUCUUCUUCUUCUUCUUCUUCUGCACUAGAUGAAACCCAUUAUCAACAUGGUAUUCCUGGGAUUCCCACUGAUGGUAAAGUUGUUCUACUCACCAAUUCAGUCAAUGGGACUCAAAUCUAUCUUAUUGGAAGUAAUCAUGUUUCUAAACAGAGUGCUGAAACUGUCAAAAAGGUGAUCAAUUAUGUAAGGCCUGAUGUAGUUGCGAUUGAGCAGUGUAAAAAAGGUGCCAUGGGGAUCAUGAAUUGGAAACCUGAAGAUGCUACUUUCUACAAUUUGUUUCGCAAAUCCAUGAGAACUCCAGGUGGACUGUGCAGGAAGUUUGGUACGUUUUUUAUGGAUUGUCAAUACCGCCGGAUGCUUGCAGAUGGUAUAUUUCCAGGUCUGGAAUUCAAGGUUGCAAUAGAAGUAUCUUCUAGAGUGGGAGCAAGAUGUUUCUACAUUAAUCAAGAUAUUGAUGUUAUGGUUCAACAGUUUUCCAAAGUAUCCUCUUUUUACUGGCUUUGGUUCAAAUAUGAUAGAGUAAGGAAUGAAGUCGAAGAUACAAGAUCCUCUGUGCAAGAAAUGCAGAGUUGUUUGAAAAAACUUCGUCCAGAGAUUUUUAAGGUGAUAGUUGAAGAUAGAGACAAGUUUAACGAACCUUAGAAGUUUUCAAGGAAAAGUUGUAGCUGUGGUUGGGAUGGGUCACAUGGAUGGAAUUGAACUAUUGUGGAGGCUAGCGGAGGAGGAUGACAAUAGCAGCGUCUUUAUAACUGUAACUGAGGAUUGCCACGGACAUUCAGAGUAGGGCGAAAGACAAACUGUCUGGGAAAAUUCGCUGCCUAUGUUGUUUGGAAUUGGAAUUUUGUAAACAAGGUUGGUCAGCUAGGAGAUUAGACAAUAUUGGUAUGUUUUUAUUGUACAGUAUGUGCAAACUAUAACAAUCCAAAAUGAUAUGAUCAUUAAUGACCCUCCGAAUAAGUCUUGUUUCUAUAUUGUGGGUUAUAUGAGUAAACAAUUUCAA